CGAGUCUCGCUUCGUCGUGCCAAUAGUAUUCUUGCGGUGCCCGUUUGCCGAUCAACGAUCAAAUACUCCUUCGGUUGCUUUCCACUUCAAAGGAUAAACCAAUAAACCAAACAUGUGUGACGAAGAAGUUGCUGCACUCGUAGUUGACAAUGGAUCCGGUAUGUGCAAAGCCGGUUUCGCGGGAGAUGAUGCUCCCCGUGCCGUUUUCCCGUCUAUCGUCGGUAGACCACGUCACCAAGGUGUCAUGGUUGGUAUGGGACAGAAGGACUCCUACGUUGGUGACGAGGCCCAAUCGAAGAGAGGUAUUCUCACUCUGAAAUACCCCAUCGAACACGGUAUUGUCACCAACUGGGAUGACAUGGAGAAGAUUUGGCAUCACACGUUCUACAAUGAACUCCGAGUGGCACCUGAGGAACAUCCAGUUCUCCUUACUGAAGCUCCUCUCAACCCCAAGGCUAACCGCGAGAAGAUGACACAGAUUAUGUUCGAAACGUUCAACACCCCCGCCAUGUACGUCGCUAUUCAAGCUGUACUGUCACUGUACGCUUCUGGUCGUACCACCGGUAUCGUAUUGGACUCUGGUGACGGUGUUUCGCACACUGUACCAAUCUACGAAGGAUACGCUUUGCCUCACGCCAUCCUUCGUUUGGACUUGGCUGGUCGCGAUUUGACCGACUACCUCAUGAAGAUCCUCACGGAAAGAGGAUACUCUUUCACCACCACGGCCGAGCGUGAAAUUGUCCGUGAUAUCAAGGAGAAGCUCUGCUACGUCGCCCUAGACUUUGAACAGGAGAUGGCUACCGCUGCGUCAUCCUCCAGUCUUGAAAAGAGCUACGAACUUCCGGAUGGUCAGGUCAUUACGAUCGGUAACGAGAGAUUCCGUUGCCCCGAGGCUCUCUUCCAACCAUCCUUCCUGGGUAUGGAAGCCUGUGGUAUCCAUGAGACCACGUACAACUCCAUCAUGAAGUGUGAUGUCGACAUCCGUAAAGACCUUUAUGCCAACACUGUUCUUUCUGGUGGUACUACCAUGUAUCCUGGAAUCGCGGACAGAAUGCAGAAGGAAAUCACUGCCCUAGCUCCAUCUACUAUGAAGAUCAAGAUCAUUGCCCCGCCUGAGAGGAAAUACUCCGUCUGGAUCGGCGGAUCGAUUCUUGCAUCAUUGUCCACCUUCCAACAGAUGUGGAUUUCCAAACAAGAGUACGACGAGUCUGGACCCUCAAUUGUUCACAGGAAGUGCUUCUAAGCGCAUCUUUGAUAUUCCUCUUGCAUACUAUCAUUCCCCGAACCCCGAGAGCGGCCUCUGUCAUAUUUCGCAGGCGGACGUAACAUCAACUUCCGCAAUAAUAUUUGUCCUUUGGUUCCUCCGGGGCGAAGGUAGCUUCUUUCGAUUCGGACGUACGUGGGACAUAAUUAGCACAGAGGCAAUCCUAAACAUCUUUGCUCCAUUCAUUUUUCAUCAUUUAAUUAGACACUAUUGUAUCUUAAACGUACCCCCCGAAUUCCUAAACAUCUUCCUAUCCUAUCGAAUCCUUUGUAUUAUAUAUUCAAAUAACAUGCCUACGGUAGCUUUUAGCUAACCACCCUCACGAAAAACAUCUUUUUUAUUGUCAUCGCGAUGUUUCCACUCUGCGAUCGAUAAAGUAAUUAUUUCUUUUUCUCACGUAUGCUGUAUUUGCCAAUUUGUAACCACGAGUUCGAGCUGAUAAACAUUGCGUAAAUUAUUUCGUAGUAUCAUUCGAUACAGGAUGGCUUAGUUACUUUAAGAUUCUGAUUGUACGAUAGGUUCUAUUAACUUUGUAUUCUAUUAAAUGCAUUCCGUUACUCUGCUCCGUGGUAUUUAAGACACUCGUGUCAUUCUUUCAAGAAUUCAUCAUUCCCGGCGGAGGUAGUCCUUCGACUUAUUAAUCAUUUCCGCCUUUUUUUUUACCGUUACCAAUCGUUGAGGGAGAAGAUGGCUCUUUCCUUUCUUUCUUUUUUUUUAAACAAUGGGGGAGACCGCUGACUCAGAAAAGUAUCCCAAAAGCUCGCUCAAACAAAUGAAAAAAAGACACGGUUUCGACCCCGCAAGCGUAGCCAAAGUAUUAUAAUUUAUUCCCAUUGUAUUGUGCAAGACCAUUCACGUACACAUCUUAAAGACUACUUUAGACUUAUGGGAUUAUAAAAUAAAACUCUUAAAAACAUUA